AUGAUUGUCGCCGCAUCAAAUGGACAUGUCGAUGUAGUCAAAGCACUGCUUCGGCAUGAACCGUCCCUCAUGGAAGAGGCCAGCCCCACCAGGCCGCUGUACGAAGCAUGCGAAUUUGGCGCUCUCAAUGUUGUCGAGACUCUGCUGGAGAUGAGAGCCGACGUCGAUCAGCCUGGAGCCACGGUGGAGAGCGCAACCGACAUGGGCAACCCGAAUUGGAGCAAUCCGCCUCUCGUUGUGGCAUGCGAACAAGGCCACGUCAAAGUUGUACGAUUACUCCUGGAUCACGGUGCGAAGGUGAAUGCCCCAGCACGAUUUGACACUGCAAUAUCCUGGGCCGCAAUCGACGCCCGUAGCGUUGAGUGCGUGCGCCUCUUGCUUCAAUACGGAGCGAAUCCGAACCACGAGCUGCUUGACCCUCCACUUCUGACACAGAUCAUACAAGAACGGUUGAUACCAGACGAGGACAGAGUGGUCAUGUUCGACAUGCUCGUCAACAAUGACCCCCCUGUGCUGAUCGACGAAACUGACACAUACGAUGGAAUGACACCGUUGAUGGAAGCGGCCCUCAAAGGAGAUGUCACUGCUGUUCGAUGGCUGCUGGAACACGGGGCGGACACUGGGCUAGUCGACAAUGGCAACCGACAUGCUUUGUACUACGCAGUGCGGGGGAAUAGCCGCCCCGUGGUAGAAGAAAUUCUCAAGCACCAACCGCUCGAAAAUCGCAGCAUCGUUGCUUCAGACGGCAGAACAAUUCUGGAUCAUUCCCUUGGCAACGUACCACUACUUCAACUUCUUCUAGACGCAAAGCUUGACCCAGAGCUCCAGAAUGGUGCAAAGCAAACAGUACUGAACGUCGCCGUUGCAGAACAAAACGUGGAAGUGGUCAAACUUUUGCUUGAGAGGAACGUCGACGUACACCACCGCGACGAACACGGAUGGAGCCCCAUUCUUGAUGCAGCAGGCUUUCGGCCAAACCCCGAGAUCACUCGCUUGUUACUGGAGCAUGGUGCAGACCCCAAAGACUCCACGCUUUCCAAGUCGAAUGCACUCCAUCAAGCCACGCGGAAUUGCAGACCAGAUGUGCUGAGAAUCUUGCUCGAGUUCCGAAUAGCUCUAGAUCUCGACGCACGCAACGUAGACGAUGAUACGCCUCUCUCUCUUGCAUAUGACGAUGGAGCCACAGAGAAGGGGAAAGAAUGCAUCAAGCUACUGAUCAGAGCCGGGGCAGAUGUCAACUACGCCCGACAUAAGGAUGGAAAGACUCUUUUGAUGAUUGCAGCCAUGGCUGUCGCGCCCGACCCCAACCUGGAUGACAUCCUUCUCGCGGCUCCAAAGAUAAACGUGAAUGCCGUCUCGACCCAUUUUGGCACCGCUCUUAUUGUUGCCUGUCGCAGCGCCAACUUCGACCUAGCUGUCAAGCUCAUGGACCGUGGCGCUGACGUGAAUUUCUGCGCACAAGUUUGGGGGAGUACGCCUAUGAUAGCUGUGUGCUUACCGUCGCUGUCUUUGUCCCGGCGCGUAGACCUUGAUGAGUUUUUCUCCAGGUCUGAGCAAAUGAUACGAGAGUUGAUCUAUCGUGGAGCUGACGUCAACCUUGAGCACGGAUUUGUGUUCUACAACGCAUUGUCUGCCGCAGCAUUGAUGGGGGGCACGAACGUGGUCAACUAUCUCCUGGACAAAGGCGCUUCAGUGAGCAAGAGAGAUCCACUUGGACGGCAAGCAAUGCAUUUCUCGGCUGCAAACGGUCUUCGGAACUUUGAGGCGCUCUGCCUAGCCACGGACGGUGAUAUCAGGGCCCCAGAUGACUUCGGGAAGAACGUUUUGCACUGGGCGGCGCAAUUCGGCCAUAUCAAAACUAUCCAGUCUAUAAUGAGACGGCUGAGCUUCUUGCCGGCGCGAGAUCGGAGAGAUUUUGUAAAUUCCAGGGAUGCCGAUGGCUGGACACCGCUUGCGUGGGCAAGUCGGCCUGUGAUUGCCGACUUGUGGAUGUGCGCGGGCUGGACGCUAUCAGAGGAACAGGACCACGCUGCUGCCAUCCAGUUGUUGAUAGAGGAGGGUGGAGAUCCUGCCGCGGAGUUUCAAGUGGGCCCGGGGCCCUCGUCAGAGACGCUUACGGCCUGGAAAAUGGCAAAACGAUGUCAGCUGGAUCUGCCAGAGGAAAUCUUCCGAAUGUUGAAGCCCAAGGCAAACACAGAAAGAACAGGGUCAACUGGCGACAGCCAGGAAAUUGCGGAUGGGCAGUCCGAGGAGACCUUAAGCUACGUGCGAAGGACCUGCAUCUGCAAUGUAUGCCUCUCGGAUGUCGGCCAAGAUGUGGCCAUUGAUACCAACGUGACGUCGUGA